CCCGCCCCUCCCCGUCCCGCCCCGCGGGGACCCAGUCCUCCUCACCCCAUAGGCAGAGCGACCAUCCCGCCUCCCCGCCCGCUUCUUCUUCACCCCCCCUCGUUCACUUUCAAAGUUUACUCCCGGCCCGGGACCAGCGGCGGAAGCGAACCAUGGCUGUCUACCUCGGGAUGCUGCGCCUCGGGAGACUGUGUAUCGCGAGCCUGGGGGCGCAGGGGCCCCGGACGCUGCUCUCUCGACCUCGACUGAACUCGAAGUUGCAGGGUAUCUGCGCUCUCAGCUCUGGAACGGUGAACUGCACCAACCCCUUGCCCGUCGGUGGCCUCAGCUACAUUCAGGGCCACACCGACUCCCAUCUUGUGAACACAACUGUGGGCGAAUGCCUUGAUGCCACAGCACAGAGGUUCCCCAACAGAGAGGCUUUGGUGAGCCUCCAUGAAAACAUCAGGCUGAACUUUGCACAGCUCAAGGAGGAGGUGGACAAAGCUGCUUCUGGUCUUCUGAGCAUUGGCCUCCGCAAGGGUGACCGGCUGGGCAUGUGGGGACCCAACUCCUAUGCAUGGGUGCUUAUUCAGCUGGCCACUGCCCAGGCGGGCAUCAUCCUGGUGUCUGUGAACCCAGCCUACCAGUCCUCAGAACUGGAAUAUGUCCUCAGAAAGGUAGGCUGCAAAGGUAUUGUGUUCCCUAAACAAUUCAAGACCCAGCAAUACUACAACAUCCUGAAGCAGAUCUGUCCUGAGCUGGAAAAGGCCCAGCCAGGGGCCCUGAAGAGUGAGAGGCUCCCAGACCUGACCACAGUCAUCUCAGUGGAUGCCCCUUUGCCUGGGACCCUACUCCUGGAUGACGUGGUGGCAGCCGGUGGCAAGGAACAGAACCUAGCCCAGCUUCGGUACCAUCAGCGGUUCUUGUCCUGUCAUGACCCCAUCAACAUCCAGUUUACUUCGGGGACAACUGGAAACCCCAAGGGGGCCACUCUUUCCCACCACAACAUUGUAAACAACUCCAUCCUGAUAGGCCAGCGGCUGAAGAUGCCCACAAAGACCGCAGAGGAGUUGCGCUUGGUCCUGCCCAGUCCCCUGUACCACUGCCUGGGCUCCGUGGGGGGCACAAUGGUGUCUAUGGUGCAUGGUGCCACCCUCCUCCUGUCUUCUCCAAGCUUCAAUGGCAAGAAGGCACUGGAAGCCAUCAGCAGAGAGAAAGGCACCCUCCUUUAUGGUACACCCACGAUGUUUGUGGAUAUUCUGAAUCAGCCAGACUUCUCCAGUUAUGAUUUCACGAUCGUUCGUGGAGGUGUGAUUGCUGGGUCCCCAGCACCCCCAGAGCUGAUUCGAGCCAUCAUCAACAAGAUGAACAUGAAGGACUUGGUGGUUGUUUAUGGAACCACAGAGAACAGUCCCGUGACCUUCAUGAACUUUCCCGAGGACACCCUGGAGCAGAAGGCUGGGAGCGUGGGCAGAAUUAUGCCUCACACAGAGGCCCAGAUCGUGAACAUGGAGACAGGGGAGCUGACCAAACUGAACAUGCCUGGGGAGCUGUACAUCCGAGGGUACUGCGUCAUGCAGGGCUACUGGGGCGAGCCACAGAAGACCUUUGAAACGGUUGGACAAGACAAGUGGUAUCGGACAGGAGACAUUGCGUCGAUGGAUGAACAGGGCUUCUGUAAGAUCGUCGGCCGGUCGAAGGAUAUGAUCAUCCGGGGCGGUGAAAAUAUCUACCCUGCCGAGCUGGAGGACUUCUUCCACAAACACCCACAGGUGCAGGAAGUGCAGGUGAUUGGGGUGAAGGAUGAGCGGAUGGGGGAGGAAAUCUGUGCUUGCAUUCGGCUGAAGAGCGGAGAGAUCACCACAGAGGAGGAGAUCAAAGCUUUCUGCAAAGGGAAGAUUUCUCACUUUAAGAUUCCCCGAUACAUCGUGUUUGUUGAAGGCUACCCUCUUACCAUCUCAGGAAAGAUCCAGAAAUUCAAACUCCGAGAGCAGAUGGAACAGCAUCUAAAACUGUGAAUCAAAGGAGGGUCCUCUCAGCCCUCCCAGAACCCUUCAGUCCUCACACACAAAGGAGGGUCCUCCCAGCCCUCCCAGAGCCCCUCAGUCUUCACACACAUAGGAGGGUCCUCCCAGCCCUCCCAGAGCCCCUCAGUCCUCCUACACAGAGGAGGGUCCUCCCAGACUUUUCCAGCCCUCUAACACAAAAGAGAGCCCUCCCACACCUUCCCAGCCUUCCAAGGUUCUCCUAAAUCCUCCCACACAAAAGAGGGUCCUCCCAUACCCUUCCCAGCCCUUCCGGAGCCCCUCAGUCCUUCCACACAGAGGAGGAUCUUCCCAGUCCUCUCAGAGCCCCUCAGUCCUCCCACACAGAAGAAAGUUGUCCCAGCCUUCCCAGGGCCCCUCAGUCCACCACAGAGGAGGGUCCUGUGUCCUUCUCAUGCCCCUUGUCAUCUUUGUGACUUGGUAUAAAGAUUUCCCUGUUUGGCCAGUGUCUGGCUGGUGUGCUCUCUCUGUAGCCCCUGUGGAAUGGAGAAGGGAAGAGACAGGAAGGCAGCCAGCACCUUCAGACCCAAUGUCCCAGCCCUUUGCUGUGUAUUAGAUACUUAAUCUAAGCCCCACUCUGUCCUCUUGAAAUUUCAAGCCUCUCUCUCUCUCUCUCUCUCUCUCUCUCUCUCUCUCUCUCUCUCUCUCUCUCCCUCCCUCUUUCUUUCUUUUUUUUUUUGUUUUGUUUUCCCUUGAGACUGGAUAUUCCUCUGUACCACUGGCUGUACAGGGUAGAUCAGGAUGGUUUUGAACUCACAGAGCUCUCAUUGCCUCUGCCUCUGGAGUGCUGAGAUCAGUCUUUUGUGCUACCUACCAUGCCUGGUUUUUGUAUGCCUUACUCAUUUAAUAAUUUUUAAAAUUGUGACUACAGAUCAGUCAUGAAGUAAAUGUUUGAUUUUUACUUGUUUGUUUUCCAAGGCUGGGAAUCUUAAAGGCCCUCACAAGUACAUAAGGACCUUUCCACUGGCCUACACUUUAAAGGCCCUCACAAGUACAUAAGGACCUUUCCACUGGCCUACACUCCCAGCCCAAUAAUUAUUGAUUUUAUUUUUGAAAUAACAGUUUUGAGUGCUGGAGAGGGGGCUGGAGAGUUCUGGCUGCUCUUCCAGAGGAUCCAAGUUGGAUUCUCAGCACCCACAUUUGGCAGCUCACAGCUACCUUUAAGUCCACCUCCAGAGGACUGAUGAUCUCUUCUGGCCUCCAAGCCUCCCCCUCCCCCCCCCGAAGUGUGUGGUAUAUGCUUACAUAGACAUAUGCAAAUAAAUAAAAAUAAAUCUGUAAAAUAACA